UGUAGGGCAGGGGCUUAAGUAGAAAACACCCUUUUUAACGUUUCUGUGAAAUUUUGGCUUGGUAGUUUUUCUGCUAUAUAAAUGCUGGUUACCGGACUUUUCGUGGAUGCAGUACCAGGUCGCGUUCAGAGUGUUUCUGAUGUAAAAUUUAGAGUUUGUUCAAUUUGGAGUUGAACAGAAUGUUUUUCAAAGGACUGAUUUUACUGGGUGUUAUAUUAAUUGUGAGUGGUCAACAGAAGAAUCAAGCACCGGUAUCGAAGUUCAAGGAUAUCCCUAUCGUGUCACACGAAAAUGUUCUAGAAGUGGAUGGGAAGUUUAGAUACAGUUACGAAGGCGGUGAUGGAACACGAGCUGCUCAAGAUGGACAGCAAAUUUUUGUGAACAACCAAGCUGGAACUGCCUCUCAGGGGCAGUACACUUAUCAGGGUGAUGACGGAAAAACGUACAGUGUAUCGUAUACUGCCGAUGAAAACGGAUACCGUCCUUCGGCUGAACAUUUGCCAACACCUCCCCCAGUUCCGGCACCGAUAGCUCGAGCGUUGGCAUUUCUCGCCACCUUGCCACCUCAGAAGGAAAACAACAGGAAGUUUUGAGUUCUACAAGUGUAGUGUUAGGUUUUUGGUUAUGAAAAUGCUACUGUUUCGAUUGAAAAGUUAUGCCAGAAUGAUAACAAAGCUACGAGUGAUGAACAAAAUUAAAGCUUUUUGAGUUGUGAACUACAACACGAGUUGA